UCUAGCCAAUGGCAGCUUGGUGAGCAGAGAAAGGAAUAGUGGAUUCCUCCCUCCCUCCCUUGCUGCGAAUCUUUACACCAUUCUAAUUGUGUAUAAUCUCUGUCAAUUCGCACCUCUCCUUCUCUCCCUCUAAUCGCAUCACACCAUUCUAAUCGUGUAUAAUCUCUGUGUCAUUCGCUACAUACGUCGAUUGAAAAAAAGGAGAAGAAGAAGAAGAAGAAGAAGAAGUAGAGUGAUGGAUGAGGUGUUGACGGUCGCAGAUGUAUCAUCCUCCACCAGAUCGACGGCCUCCAUCCCAUCAUCCUCUUUCUCCACCAAUUUUCCUCUCAUCUGCGCAUUCCUCGCUUUCGCUCUCGCCCAAUUCCUCAAGCUCUUCACAACCUGGUUCAAGGAGAAGAGAUGGGAUUCUAAAAGGCUGCUUGGAUCCGGUGGAAUGCCAUCAUCACAUUCAGCAACUGUGACAGCUCUUGCUACGGCUAUUGGUUUGCAUGAAGGGACUGGAGGAUCCUCAUUUGCCCUUGCUGUGAUUUUGGCAGCUAUUGUGAUGUAUGAUGCUUCUGGGGUUAGACUGCAUGCUGGCCGACAUGCUGAGUUGCUGAAUCAAAUAGUUUGUGAGUUGCCUGAGGAACACCCUUUAUCUAAUGUCAGGCCUUUACGUGAGCCACUCGGUCAUACUCCACUUCAGGUUGUGGCUGGUGCCAUCUUGGGAUGUAUAGUAUCCUUCUUGAUGAGAAGUUCUCGGCCCACUUGAAAAAGGUGAUAUUCAAGGUCUCAGUGGAGGGCAGUCAUCACGUCAUAUUAUAUCUUUAGGCCCAGGUUACCUACGAGAAGAGGGAGGAAAAGGUAAUGAUCAAAGACGAUUGGAUGGUCGCCAUUAAUUGUUCUGUUUGGCCUCGUCAUGGCACAAGUAUUAGCUUUUCAAUGUAUAUUUUGUGCUGCAGGGAUUCCGUUCAUCAAGCAGUAAUGGUAUUUGGUGUUAAGAUACA